AUGGAGCCCUCCUCUUCUUGCCAAUCAUCAUCGUCAUUAUCGCUUCAUGCUUCGAAUCGUGUCGAUAUCGAAAUCUCACUUCGAAUUCAACUCAAAGAAUUGAAUGAACAAUUAAAUCAACUCAACUCUAAACUCGUAGGUUCGUUCGAAAGAAUCGCCAACUUAGAGGACGAACUUCAUGAAUCGACACAAAACCAUAAUCUAAUCAAAUCAAGAAACAAGGUCCUAGAAAUCGAAGCUGCCGAACAUGAAGAAGCGCUUAAAGGUGGUCUUCUGGUCGAAAGUGCUGACGUACAAGCCGAACUUCAGCGUCUGACUCAUCGCGCUCUUCAAGAGGCUGAGAAAAGGUCUCAAUCCGAAGCUUCACUCAGCACAAUCAACAAAGAAUUAGAUGACUUAUCCGCAAGUCUCUUCUCGGAAGCUAAUCGUCUUGUGGCAGCCGAGAAAUUACAGAGAAUUAAAGCUGAACGUAAGGUGGUAGAAGUGGAAGAGGCUAUGAAAGGCGUGGAAGAAGUGAUCGAGUCUCGUAGAGAUCAACUCAAUGAUCUCAGGGUUUGCCUCGAGAAUGCUGAACGCGAAAGGGAUGAAUACAAGCUGCAAUUGAUGGCAUUUCAAAAUCCUACACACGCAUCAGAUUGUGGACAACAUCCUUUAGCCAACGAACUGUCACAGGAAUAUAUCGCAAGUACAUCUCAUCCUACGCUGGCGUGCAAUCCAACCGACACCAGCUCUUCCAUUAUAGCCUCAGUCUUGCCCGAUAACAAUCACGACUCCAGUAUCCAUCGGAUCCCUUCUUUGCCCUACACUCCUGGUCGCAGUCCUGGUAUAUUCCCUUUUCAGCAGCAGCAGCAGAUCAAAAACUUGGAAGAUAUUCUUCCCUUUCAGGAGUUUGUUCAAUUUACAAGAUAUCUCAUCCGAAUGCGAACAGAUGCCUUGGCUCGACCUGCACCACAGCAAAAUGGUUUCAGUGAAUCUUACUAUUCGGCUGCCGCAGCCAUGAAUAACGUCACAACUAACCCCUCAUCUACCUUCAGUCAAUACCGUCAUUCGAUGGCUGGUGGCCUCGUUAAAGAUCAGCUCAAUCCCAUUAGUCCUAAGGAGCUUUUGGCUCCCAUCUUGCCAAUGUCUCAACAUCUAUCUCAAGCCUUCAUCAAGCGCUGUAUUGACGAAGACUCGGAUCCAGCCUUACGUCUCGACCUUGCGCCCGGCUUGAAUUUUCUAUCUCGACGGUCCAUCUUCACAGCCCUCGUCGACGGUCACUUGGUCAUCGAACCUGUCUGGAGUGAUAUCGGAGCAGAGUUUGACAAGUGUUCCUUAUGUGGCUGCCCUUUGGAUAGGUGGUUCCCCGCUCGCACUUCACUGGGUAAUGCGUUCCGUGCCAAUGCCAACAGGACAACCUCCACCAUCGGCUCUACCUCUGCAAGCUCCACCAUGAGGAAAAUGUUGGGUGGUGGCGGCUGGACAUUCGGAUCUCUAAGCCGUAACAAACAGCAAACCGCGACCGCGGGUGUCUUCAUGUCCAAGCCUUCAAACUCGUCGACCUCUCGUAGCUCUCGGCACGUAGAAACUAUAUUUUCUGCACCAGCUCACAGCGCAACUCCUAGCGGUCGUACUAGUCCCACUCCGGAAGAAAGCGAAGCGGUCUAUGUCCACACUUUUCGAGCAGCCGACACCUCAUCAAAUCGAUAUCCGAUCUGCCCGACUUACUGUCUUGGCCGUCUCAGGUCGGUUUGUGACUUUUGGACUUAUGUUCGGUCAAUUGAAUGUGGGCUGCUUCUGGACGAGAGCUUUCGUUUUGCUCGUCGCCCGUCUCAGAGGGGGUCGAGGAGCCUUGAGCCUCAUAGUUUAGGCUUAGCUUAUGACACAACCUUAAAAAUGGUCAAACAAAAAGGAAGGAGUUCAGAGUCGGUCAUUGAUUCCCCAGUCCUCACACACUCUGUCCUACAUUCGUCAGAUUCGUCACGAGAGGACACCACUCAUACCUCCAUCCACCCUGUCCCCUCAUCAAACACGCCUCCUGCUUCACUGACCGCCGCCGCUGAUAACACUAGCUCGUCCUCGGGAUCAGGUCCUCUACCUUUGGCUGACUUGAACAAUCAUCAAGAUGUCAACAAGUCCGAUACCAGCAUAGCUGCAAUUCCAGAGCCGUCCUCGGCCAAGGCUGUUGUAACAGACUCGCAGUGUCAACCAACAUCAUCAUCCCAGUUAUCAAGGACCAAGACAGUUUCUCUUCCUGCCCCACCGCCUGUUCCUCGCCGGUCUACAGUGCGCGCUCAAUCUAUUCCUCCUCUCGAAGUUGCACCUAUCUCUCCUAAAACCACCACUGGAACAUUCAGUCCUUCAACUUCGAAUUCCAUCAUUGUCACUGCUCAUGUGAGUCGAGAUUCGAUCUCGAGUGAAUUCUCUUCAGCACCUACUAGUGAUGAACCAGGCUCCGCAAAUCGAGGUAAAACCACCCUUUCUUCGCAAGCUAUCCCAAGAUAUCUCACUCGUAAGACGUCCACUACUGGAAGUACAACUGAAGGUGAGAUGGAUCUUGAUGGCUUAGAAACUGGUUGGGAAGAAAAAUGUUGGUGUCAUCUGAUCAAAUUGAAGGAAGACAUGUUCCACAAACGAGUCGGAGUCUCGAUCAUUUUGUGA